AUGACUCACAGCUACCGGGAAGCCACGGGGGUGACGGGAGACAAAGUGCACACCGAGAUGAGAGCAGAGUUUUACCGCUCAUUACAAAAGCUGCACGCCGCCGGGGAACAGAUCAGUGUGAGGCGACCUCCAGAGCAAGACAAACCCAGUCCUAGUGUCCAUUAUACUCUUCUGAUUGCUUGUGUUUUGGUGGCCUUUGUCCUUGGUGCCUUCCUCUCUGGCUUCCUGGUUUCAUGCUACUGUAAUCACACAAGCCACAAGACCAAGAAGUUGUCGAAAGACCCCGAAGCCCCAAUCCCACAUGCUCUAUCACUGCGCAGCCUGGCCAAGCUCAAUGGCCUCCUGGACAGCCAAAGUAAGGAUGACAAGUUGGAGGUGUCAUCUCCCAAGAUCUACAACUCUUUCUUCGCCAACAGUAAGGAGCAUCACCCAUCGAGGAGAAAUGGUCAUCAUGGAAUGACAAUGGGAGACUUGGUCCAUGCCCAGCAUCACCAACUCCACCAUUCCUCAGAGCUGUCUGGUCUGCCUACACCAGACUCGACCCCAGAGCUGCCAAUUAAGAGCAUGAAAGCAUUCAAGAACCAGUGGGAGAAGAAUCAGAACUGCAACAAUGCCAAGGAACCAAAGUCCCAUAAUAUUGGCUCCAGGCCCAGCUCUGCCCUGCUUCACCAGCAGGUCUUCCCCUACUCCCAUGGACUGUCUAAUAGCCAGUCAGCAGCCGGACACCUUCAUCCCGAUGAACGCAAAAUCCACAAUGUUGAGCGUGUGUUGUCUCAGCAGCCUUACCCUGGCUACUCUCAGAAGGUGAUGGAAGUAACCUCACUCGAUGAGCUCCUGAAGCACAUCCACGAGGCAAGCGGCAGCAAGAACUCUCAGCUAAUGAGCCCAUCUGGUCUGAUGGCCAGCGGAGGUGGAGGCCAGCUAGCCUUUGCCAACCGUAUCCAGCCUCAGAUACCUGAGACAGAAUCGGCCCCCUACUACAGCUCAUCCACUUUACCACGUGACAGCCUCACCCGUCGCAUGGAUGUUCCACCAGACAUUCCCAUGCACCACCAGUCUACCUUGGAGAGGAGGCAUUCCUCCCAAAGGCAAUCACUGAUUGCUGCAGCCACCAAAAUGCCCAACGGAGGUGGAGUAGUAGGAGGAGGGGGAGGAGGAAUGAUCCCUCGCCAACACAGCUUCAGCCAACGAAAUGGCGGGCCCCACCAGCCACCUCCCCUUUUGGCGCGGAUGAACUCGACGGGCAGCGCGUGUGAGGUUCACUAUCCCCUGCUUCCCAAUGGAUACCUGGCACGUCAGCACAGUUAUAAUGGAGAACAGCAAGAGGUUCCACACAGGGGUGCGAUCGUCCGUCGGGCAGCUUCUCUCAAACCUGACGUCCCUCCCAAGCCCUUGUUCAUACCUGCCACAUCCCCAGUCAAUGAACAGGGAAAGUUCAACUACUGAGGGGUAUGCUCUUGGACUAAGAGAAGGAGCCUCCCCCCUCCCCUCAUUGUGUCAUCUGUAAGAAACUUUGAAGAAAUGCAGUGAGUUUGGGGUUGCAGACCUUUACCUGAAAACACAACUAACUGUGUGGCACCAGUGUCACUGUGGACAAAAGCCUCAACCAAACUUGUUUUUUUCCGCUUCUUUUUGUCCAACGAAUAUCUUUGUACCAUAUUGGUAUUGCUUAGCUACUUGCUUAUUAUAGAACCGCUUACUUGGGUGACGUGAUGCCACCUCCUUAUAUUAGGCUGCCAAUGUCCUCAAUGUGGAUUUACAAUGCAACUCCGUUUUUGGACACGUUGAUGUUGGAAAAACUUGACACAUCAGUCAUCUUGAAGACUUAAAAGCUCGAGGCUCGCUUAGAUUCAUGCUUUUGCUUAACUUUUUCUGAUGUAGUGUUGGUAUCCGGUCCCCACCCACCCCACCCUCGAAUGUGUUUAUAUUAUGCAUGUGUGUGUAUAUAUAUGUGUGUUCAUAUUUACACCGUAUAUGUAUACAUAUACAUAUGCAGUAUGUGUAACCUGUGGUUAAAAAAAAAAAAAAUCCCCUGAAAGUAGUUAUGUCUUUGCCUUACUAUACUCUCUCAUCUUUGGGCAUAUCAAACGAUCCCCCCCGCCCAAGCCCUAAGAAAUAUCUUAGGGGCACCAAAUGUUCAUCAAAUGUUGUCAUUUGGCUCCAGACGCCGAUUCAAAUUUGGUCACGAUGACAAGACAAAGGAAAUACUUCAACAAAGCAGCUACACUCGCCUUCUCUUUUAUUUUUUCCUGUCCCAGCUGAUGUCAGGUGACAACAUUCGGGUCCAUUUAAGUUCUUCAAGAAUGUUUCGACAACAUUGGUGCUCCGCAACUCUAGUGGGUCUAAUAUUCUUUGAAAUGGAAACAACCAACAUUGUAUUCUCUGAAAUAUUUUGGACCCAAAGAGGACAAGACAAACACGUCUUGCCGUCUGGUGUUAGGAGAAUGAACACUGAACAUCGAACAGACUGCAGUUAUCAUAAUUAUUAACUCUGUGGCUAUUGGUUGUAAAUAAAGGAAUAAUUACUAGCCAAAUUUUAACUGUAUGUGUAAAUGUGUGCCUUAUUUAAUAAUAGUGUGUGACAUGGGCUUAGGGGUCAAUGCAAGGGGCUCAGAUGGCAACUAUGCUACAGUAUAUUGUAGGUGUUUGAUUUUUCUAUGGUUGUCAGUAUGUGUCAUACAGUAUCUAUUGUAUAUGUGAAGAGUUUCAUUCCAGAAUAAGAUAUUUCUCAUCUGUUCUAAUUAACUGAAUUAAUAGUUUGACUGUAACACUCACUAAUAGAUCAUAUGUUAUGUCAUAUAUUGACUAUAAUUUUUUUUACAAAGUAGGCUAAUAUUUUGUAAAUUAUCUAGUUUUAUUUUAAUCGAUGUAAAAUAACUAGUACCUUUUUUUUUUCAGCAUUGUUUUGGAAUGAAACCCUUCGUUUUUCGCUUUUCUUUUGUUUUCAUCCCAAAAGUGUGAGCCUACAGGUUUUUAAUGCGAGUGUGGGACACAGCAAGUACAAAGCCUGAGACUGCAGACAUUCAGGUUUGACUGUAUACUGUCACUUUCACCUGGGUGUCGAUUUCCUUGUAGGUGCCAUUGUUACGUUUUUGGUUUUUGUAGUAUUAUCUUCUUGGGUUUCUAAAGGAGCAGUUCACAGUUCCUCUUAAGUUAUCACCUACAGAUGUGUAGCCAUUGUAGAAGUUGCAUUUACCUUUUGGGAGGAAAAAAGUGUGUCUUGCUUGAGUUUUGAAUGUCAGGAUAUAUGUUUUAGUAAGUGUGUGAAACCAUACGGUUUCAGUUCUGUAUGAAAAUAAAUCCAGGUUGGUGGCAUGUAGCAUGACUUCUACAAUGGUUACUGCUGUAGAUCUUGACCUAGUGGUGCCACCGGGUGUUGAAUUUCAAAACAUGGACAAGAAACAUGGAGCAGUGCAAUGAACUCUGAUCCGACAGGCUGAGAUUGUCUCUUGGAUCGAUACUUGGGAAGUGAUUGUGGAACCGGUUCGCAGGUGACCGUGCUGCCAAACACUGCUGAGGAUUUUCACCUCAUUAAUGGUGACGCCAGCCGGCUGUGCCUCAGACAUAUCACCCCUUCAAAACUCAACUGUUGCACUUUUCAGGAGAGUCGCUUUGACCACGGUUGGCUGGAACCGUGAUCAAUUCUGUGAAAACAGCACUAUGCUAUUUACUGUAUCUGAAAAUGGUGUUUAUUGAUUGAAAUUUCCCAGAGCUCAUUUGACCCAGUGUAAAGUUUACCAUUCACACUACUCCAGCUUCAGUAAAUUAAGGAAAAGUACCUAACAUUUGUAAGGAAAAAAAAGUUGAUUUGGUAAUUAACAGGCAGCAGAGCAUUAAAUAGCCUUUCAGACAGCAAAUAAAAAACAUCCAACUUGAUUUAGGGUUGGGGCGGCAGUGUUUCAUAAGAGGAAUUGUGGCAGCUACAGUGUUUUAAUGGAUUUAUUUUUCUGUUUUGUUCUGUUGGUUUUUUUUUUUUUUUGGUAAUUUGUUUGUUUGUUUGUUUGUUUUUAAUCUGCCGGUAACAGAUUGUAUGGAAAUGGGGACGGUCUCGCCUCUUAAAAGUUCUAUCAGUAUUUGAUUUGGUGUAAAUACAUUCUAUCUGGGCGGGGUCUCAUUGAUUCAGUAUUAUGUUUUUCUCCGUUUGAUUUCCAGGCUUUGCCUCUUGACUUACUAUGAAUUUGGUCUCACAGAAUAUCAUUGUAUGUCUCUUAUACUAGGAAUAAAAUGGAAAAUAUGA